AUGAGGACUCUGAGACCCCAGAACUAUCUUUUCAGUUGUGAACUAAAGGCCAACAAAGGUGAUCACUUUAAGGUGGAUAAUAAUGAAAAUGAGCACCAGUUAUCUUUAAGAGCAAUCAGUUUAGGGGCUGGAGCAACGGAUGAAUGGGACACUGUUGAAGCAGAGGCAAUGAAUUAUGAAGGCAGUCCAAUUACAGUAACACUGGCAACUUUGAAAAUGUCUGUACAGCCAACGGUUUCCCUUGGGGGCUUUGAAAUAACACCACCAGUGGUCUUACAGUUGAAGUGUGGUUCAGGGCCAGUGCAUAUUAGUGGACACCACUUAGUAGCUGUGGAGGAAGAUGCAGAGUCAGAAGAUGAAGAGAAGGAGGAUGUGAAACUCUUAAGUAUAUCUGGAAAGCAGUUUGCCCCGGGAGGUGGUAGCAAGCUUCCACAGAAAAAAGUAAAACUUGCUACUGAUGAAGAUGAUGAUGGUGAUGAUUUUGAUGAUGAGGAAACUGAAGAAAAAGCACCAGUGAAGAAAGGACAAGAAUCCUUCAAAAAACAGCAAAAAUCUCCUGAAACACCAAAGGGACCUAGUUCUGUAGAAGACAUUAAAGCAAAAGUGCAAGCAAGUAUAGAAAAAGGUAGUUCUAUUCCCAAAGUGGAAGCCAAGCUCAUCAGUUAUGUGAACAAUUGCUUCUAG